UGUAGUAACUGUGAAACUACGAAUACACCUUUAUGGAGACGUAAUCCUGAUGGUAGUCCACUCUGUAAUGCAUGUGGUCUUUUCUUUAAGCUUCAUGGUAAAGUUCGUCCACUGAGUUUGAAAACGGACAUUAUUAAGAAAAGGAAUAGA